AUGCUGCCGAUCAACCGCUGCCUGCGCCCGUUUAGGACCGCCUCGGUAGCCGGCUGCGCGGCCAGAUUUGUCCACGACGCCUCGAAACAUGCAAGCAGGAAGAGCCUGCUGCCGGAAUUCGACCUGACGGGAAAAGUCGUCGUUGUUUCUGGAGGCACCAGGGGUCUCGGUCUUGCCCAAGCCCAAGCCCUGCUUGACGCCGGCGCAAACGUGCAUUGCAUCGACAAGACACUCCCCGUGGACAGUCCAAGCCCGGACCUGACGUACCACGAGGCCGAUGUCAGAAAUGUCCAUCAGAUCAAUAAAGUCAUGUCCAAAAUCGUCGACGACCACGGUCGUCUCGACGGCUUAAUCGCCGCGGCUGGCAUUAAAAACGAAACCUCGGCUCUUGAAUUUUUGCCAGAACAAGUGGAAAACAUCAUGAGCGUCAACGUCAUCGGCACUUUCAUGACGGCCCAAGCGGCUGCCCGCCAGAUGAUUCGGCUCAAGCGCCCCGGAAGCAUUUGUCUCGUCGCAAGCAUGAGCGGCAGCGUGGCGAACCGCGGCAUGCCUUCUUCAGCAUAUAAUACUUCCAAGGGGGCCGUUCUUCAAUUAUGCCGCAGCCUCGCCGCGGAAUGGGGCGAGCAUGGCAUUAGGGUCAACACGCUGUCGCCGGGAUACAUCACGACAGAAGUGGUUCAGUCGCUCUUGGACGAGUUUCCGGAGCGCAGGGAAUCGUGGUCCAGGGAUAACAUGCUCAACCGGCUCAGUCUUCCCGCUGAGUAUCGAGGCGCGGCUGUUUUUCUCCUCAGCGACGCAAGCAGCUUCAUGACGGGCAGCGACCUUCGAAUUGAUGGCGGCCAUGUGGCGUGGUGA